AUGUUAGCGUUCUCACUGAACGAAGCUUUUUGUUUCCUUUGGAUUUCUUCUGUUUUUGUGUCUCUGCUGGGUCAGCAAGGAUCAGAAGCUUUUCGUUGUGGCAGUGGGGUCUCCCUUCCCCCUGACAAUGUUUGUGACUUCACAGAUCAGUGUGGGGACAGCAGCGAUGAACAGCAAUGCUCUGGCUAUGAAAGGUGUGAUUUUGAGGAUGGGCUCUGUGGAAUGGAACAAGAUCAAAGCCUGCAACUGGGCUGGAUGAAAAGAAACGGGAUGACUGGUCUGUCUCCUCCAUUCCAUGAUCACAAUGGGGAUGUGUCUGCCCACUUCCUCUCACUGGUGUGCAGAGUGAAUUCUACUUCCUCAGCCCUAAGAAGCAGAGUCUUCCUCUCCACUAAUGACCCACAUGUUUGCCAGAUUACGUUUUAUUACUUUGUAAGCCACAUCGCUGGCAGGUUGAUGGCGGAUCUUCAGACUCCAUGUGGUGAUCCUAUUCGGCAUUUAUGGCAAAACACAGCCGGUCUCCCAAAUCAGUGGCAGAGAACUGUCAUCAAAAUCCAGAGCUCACAGGGAUUUCAGGUUGUUUUUCAAGGUCAAAUGAUUGCCGCCCAUGAACAGGAUGAAGUCAUAGCUAUCGAUGACAUAUCUUUCAGUUCAGGCUGCUUGGCUGCAGAUGAUGAAAUUUUACCAUGUCAAGAAGCAUCAAAUACUGAGGAGCAGCUAUAUCAUCCGGAUCUCUGCAGAUGUGAUUCUACAGAUGAAGAACUGAGAUCAUGUCAGUCCUGUGGAUCUGAGUUUGACUUGUGUGACUGGAAGUCAGAGGCAUCUGCUGGGCAAAUUUCCUGGAUGUGCACAAAAGCAACUGAGGUUCCUACUUUAGAACCUGCACCUCAGCAGGAUCACAGGAACAAUGAAGAAGAUAAUAGGAAAAUUAGGACAUCACAUGAAAAGCUUUUCAAGGAUGAAGAAGAAACAUUUUGGACAUACAAUACAUCAACUCAGAGCAAAUGGAUGAGAGCAGAUGUAUUAAUACCAGAAGGUCUGAAGACAUUUAAGAUUGUUUUUGAAGGUAUUAUUUUGACCCAGAGAAGCUUUAUCGUGCUUGAUCGGCUGUGGGUCUACUCCAGACAGCUGUGCUCUGUGGAUGAGUUCAUUUGUGUCAGCAGCCAGUGCAUCACCCGAGACUCCAUCUGUGACUCUCAGCCAGACUGCUCUGAUGCCAGCGAUGAAGACCCAGCGAUGUGCUCAAAUCAUCUCACCUGUGACUUUGAGUCCGGUUUCUGCGGCUGGGAGCCAUUUCUCACGGAAGACACACAUUGGGAGUUAGUGAAAGGGCUCAGAGAUGAAGAGCAUUCUCCCAAAGCUAAUCACACAACAAACACAAAUCGUGGAUCAUUUAUUUAUUUUGAGGCACAUCAGUCACCCGGAGUGGCCAAGCUUGCAAGUCCUGUCCUUACAAAAUUGCUCACUGCGUCUUCACCAUGUCAGGUGCAGUUUUGGUAUCAUUUGUCUGGGCGCUCAGUCCUCUCAGUAUUUACAAGAACACUACAUGGAAAUUUGCAAAAGCAAAGUGAAAUCGUUGGACUCUCUGAAGCUCAGUGGACCCAGGCAAAAAUCAGUCUGUAUACAAAAGCUGAAGAAUCCAGUCUGCCUUUUCAGCUAAUUCUAGAAGCUACUGUUUUUUCAUCGAAUGCUGCCGUCGCCGUAGAUGACAUCGUUAUGUCAAAGGAAUGUGAAAUUUCCCACAAGUCACUUUCAGGUACCAGCACAGAAAACAAAGUUUCCGAUUGUGAUUUUGAAGCCGACAGCUGUACGUGGUUUGAAGCAGUCUGUGGUGACCAUUUUGACUGGAUAUGGAGCUCCCCACGUGAUGUCGCUGCUGAUUUUGAGCAUCAGGCCCCUCUUCGGGAUCACACUCACAACACAGUUUCAGGGCAUUUUAUGUUCAUUCUGAAGAAGAGCAGCAGCCUUUUUCAAAUUGCUAAACUGCAGAGUCCAACUUUCAGCCAAACAGGACCUGGCUGUACACUGUAUUUCUGGUUUUAUAACUAUGGCCUGUCUGUGGGAGCAGCUGAGCUGGUGCUCCAUCUGGAAAACUCCAACGACUCCACUGUCCUCUGGAGAGUGCUGUACAACCAAGGCAACCAAUGGUCAGAGGUGGCCAUUCAGCUAGGGCGCCUCACUCAACCCUUCUAUCUGUUGCUGAAUAAAGUCAGUCUGGGCAUGUAUGUUGGGGUCUCAGCUAUUGAUGACAUCAGAUUUGAAAACUGCACUCUUCCACCUCCUGCCGAGAGCUGCGAAUCACCAGAUCAUUUUUGGUGUGGUCACACCAAGGCCUGUGUGGAAAAGGCUCAGUUGUGUGAUCUGGUAGAUGAUUGUGGAGAUUGGACAGAUGAGGCUGACUGUGAACCUGGACUACAGUGUCACUUUGAAAAUGGAAUUUGUAACUGGGAGCAAGAUACAGAAGAUGACUUUGAUUGGACCAGGAACCAGGGUCCAACUUCAACCAUUAAUACAGGGCCAAUGAAGGAUCAUACUGUGGGGACAGCACAAGGACACUAUCUCUACAUAGAAUCUUCGGAGCCACAGGUUUUCCAAAACAGUGCUGUGCUACUCAGCCCCAUCUUCAAUGCCACUGAUUCCAAGGGCUGCACCUUCCGCCUCUAUUACCACAUGUUUGGAAAGCGCAUUUACAGGCUGGCUGUCUAUCAGCGAGUCUGGAGUAACACAAGAGGGAAGCUGCUGUGGCACGUAUUUGGGAAUCAGGGCAACAGAUGGAUAAGGAAAGUCCUCAGCGUUUCCAGUGGGCAGCCCUUUCAGAUACUGGUGGAGGCUUCAGUGGGAGAUGGCUUCACCGGAGAUAUUGCCAUAGAUGAUUUGUCAUUCAUGGACUGCACCCUCCAUAUAGGGAAUUUGCCAGCGGACAUUCCAACUCCACCAGAAACCUCAGUUCCAGUAACAUUACCUCCACACAACUGCACAGAUAAUGAAUUUGUCUGCAGAACUGAUGGUCAUUGUGUUGAAAAAAUUCAGAAAUGUGAUUUUAGAUAUGACUGCCCAGACAAAUCAGAUGAAUCAUUCUGUGUUGUGGAUGUUUGCACAUUUGAAAAACGAAGCCUGUGUAAGUGGUAUUGGCCAAUCCCAGGACAUGUACUUCAAGAUUCAAACAUGUUCAGGUGGGGACUUGGUAAUGGGAUCAGUAUACAUCAUGGAGAAGAAAACCACAGGCCAACUUUAGAUCAUACAACAAAUACCACAGAUGGCUGGUAUCUGUAUGCUGAUAGUUCAAGUGGGAAAUUUGGUGACACUGCUGACAUCCUCACUCCUGUUAUUUCUCUUACGGGACCAAAUUGCACCUUGGUCUUCUGGACUCAUAUGAAUGGUGCCACGGUUGGUUCUCUCCAGGUACUCAUCAAGAAAAACAAUGUUACUUCUAAAGUGUGGGCUCAAACUGGACAGCAAGGUGCACAGUGGAGGAAAGUAGAAGUCUUUUUAGGCAUUCACUCCUAUACACAGAUUGUCUUCAGGGCAAAACGUGGCAUCAGUUACAUAGGGGAUAUAGCAGUGGAUGAUGUUUCCUUUCAAGACUGUUCUCCCUUGCCUCACCCAGAAAGAAUCUGCACUGCUCAGGAAUUCUCCUGUGCUAACAAGCACUGCAUUCCAGGGGACAAGCUGUGUGAUUUUGUGAAUGACUGUGCUGAUAAUUCUGAUGAAACUGCUUUCCUGUGCAGCCCCUUCGGUGGACGCUGUGAUUUUGAAUUUGACCUUUGUGCAUGGGAGCAAGAUCAGGAUGACGAUUUAGACUGGAUUCUGAAAGCCAGCAGCAUCCCAGAGGCAAAUGUGGAAUCAGCUGUGGACUACACUUUGGGAAAUUCAUCCAAUCAUUACAUCUUGAUAAAGAGCUUUUACCCACAGCAGCUUAUGAGUGCAGCCAGAAUAUCAAGUCCAGUGAUAAAUAAGAGAAGUAAAAACUGCAAGAUCAUUUUUCGUUACCACAUGUAUGGAAAUAGCACGGGGGUUCUCACAUUGACCCAGGUAUCAGUCACAAACCAGACGAAGGUUUUACUUAACCUCACUGAAGAACAAGGCAAUUUCUGGAGGAGAAAAGAAUUAUCACUAUUCGGUGACGAGGACUUUCAGCUCAAAUUUGAAGGCAGAAUCGGGAAAUCCCACCAUGGUCAUAUUGCCCUCGAUGACAUCGUGCUUACGAGGAAUUGUCUGUCAUUCCACACCUCCUUGAAGGAAGAGCCAGCUGUUCCUCUUCCAACAGGUUAUUGCCCGGCUGGCCAUCGGGAAUGUCAGAAUGGCAAAUGCUACGGACCAGAACAAAGCUGCAAUUUCGUAGAUGACUGUGGAGAUAAUACUGACGAAAAUGAGUGUGGCGGCUCCUGCACUUUUGAGAAAGGCUGGUGUGGCUGGCAAAACUCCUUGGCUGAAAACUUUGAUUGGAUUUUGGGGAUUGGCUCUCAUCAAAGCCUGAGGCCCCCCAAAGACCACACACUUGGAAACGAGAAUGGGCACUUCAUGUAUCUGGAGGCUACUCCCAUGGGCCUGCGGGGUGACAAAGCCCACUUCAAGAGCACCAGGUGGCAGGAAUCCAGUGCCACGUGCACCAUGAGCUUCUGGUAUUUCAUAUCUGCAAAAGCCACAGGGUCCAUUCGGAUUCUCAUUAAGACAGAUAAAGGCCUCUCUGAAGUAUGGCAAGAAAGUACACAAAAUCCUAGUAACCAGUGGAAAAAUGCUGUCAUCCUGCUAGGAAGGUUAAGGAAUUUUGAAGUCAUAUUUCAAGGUAUCAGAACAAGAGAUCUUGGAGGAGGAGCUGCAAUUGAUGACAUUGAGUUUAGAAACUGCACGACUGUUGGAGAAACUUCUAAGAUUUGCUCAGAAGCCACUGACUUUUUGUGCCGGAACAAAAAAUGUAUUGCGUCCUACCUUGUUUGUGACUACAAGCCCGACUGCUCCGAUAGAUCCGACGAAGCUCUCUGUGGACAUUACACAAGCGUCCCGGGGAGCUGCAGUUUUGACACAGGUUCAGGAAACUGGACCACAGCCUGCAGUCUUACACAGGACUCUGAGGAUGACUUGGAUUGGGCCGUUGGCAGCAGACUUCCUGCUGGAACAUCAAGUACAGACUCUGAUCACACCCCAGGUAGUGGCCGCCACUUUCUGUAUGUCAACUCUUCCAGCCCCCAAGAAGGAUCCACCGCGAGAAUUAUUACUGCCAAAUACUUCCCAGCAAGCCUCGGAAUGUGCAUGCUUCGGUUCUGGUUCUACGUGGCCAAUCCGCAGAGUAUGGGGAUAUUAAAGGUAUAUACCAUUGAGGAAUCAGGACUAGACAUCCUAGUGUGGUCAGAGAUUGGAAAUAAAAGAACUGGAUGGACAUAUGGGCAUGUAUCUCUCUCCAGUAACAGUCCAUUUAAAGUAGCAUUCGAAGCUGAUUUGGGUGGAAAUGAGGACAUCGUCAUUGCCCUUGAUGACAUCUCUUUCACCCCAGAGUGUGUGUCCGGUGGUCUUACCACAAUGCAUCCCUUGCUGUGUGGAGCUGAUCAGUUUGCUUGUGUCUACACACUGCAGUGUGUGCCUGCAUCAGGGACAUGUGAUGGACACGAAGAUUGUGCAGAUGGCUCUGAUGAAAUAGGCUGCCCCCUCAGGCCCUCUCCUCGGCUCUGUGGUGACAUGGAGUUCCAGUGCUCUGCAGAGCAGUGUAUCCCGUCUCUCCUCCUGUGUGAUGGCAUAGCUGACUGUCACUUUAAUGAAGAUGAAUCCAGCUGCGCCAAUCAGAGCUGUUUGGAUGGAGCCCUGGUGUGCCCCUCAUCUGCCAGCUGCAUCCCUGUUCACCAGCGCUGUGAUGGUUUUGCCAACUGUGUGGAUUUCCAUCUUGAUGAAUCCAGCUGCUCAGAGUGUCCAGUAAGUUAUUGCAGAAAUGGUGGCAUUUGUGUGGUGGAGAAAAACGGUCCUAUGUGUCGAUGUCCACAAGCAUGGAAAGGAAAUAGAUGCCACAUCAAGUUCAACCCUACUACUUCCGAUUUUAUGUACGCUCCGAAUAACAUAUGGAUCCUUCUGGGUAUUGGAUUUGCAUUCCUGAUGACUCAUAUUACAAUAGCCAUUUUGUGUUUCCUCGCAAACAGAAAAGUAUCAGUAAGGAAAACUAACAGAAGUGGAAACUGUGCCUUUGUCAAUCCAAUCUAUGGGGAUUGGAACAACCCAGAGAAAAUAGAGAGUUCUGUAUACUCCUUCUCAAAUCCAUUUUAUGGUGAACCGUCAAGAAAUCUGGAAUCUAUGGCUCAUCCUUUCAAACAGUAGAAUCAAGAUCAAGUUGGAACCAACAUGGGUAGUUUAUAGAAAAUUACAUUCUCUAGGCCCUACUAUACAAUAAUAAAAGGAGAAAAAAUUCAAAAUGCUAGUUCAUGGUAAUUAUAACAUUUACAAUUUUUUUUCUAAUGUCAUAUAUUGAAUGUUUUCAUGGAAUCGGAAUCAGUAUCU